AUUGAUGAUACUCACGAUGCCUCUCUCUGUCGUCUCUCUGUCUUCUCCGCCCCUAUUCCCUUUAAUUCUUCCCAACCCCCCCUACUUUUCUUCUUCUUCAUUAAUGCUUUCUUCUUCCUCCUCCUCAUCCCUUUCCCCAUUCAUCAUCAUCGCUUCCUCCCCUCGAGGAUCACAUAGCCGUCGGAGAAGGUGGUGCUGCCUUCUGAAAUGACGCCGGCUAAUUCAAGAGUGACGGUGGUAGGCAGUGGCAAUUGGGGAAGCGUCGCCGCCAAGCUCAUUGCUUCCAACACUCUCAAGCUUGAUUCUUUCCACGAUGAAGUGAGGAUGUGGGUUUUUGAGGAGAUACUGCCGAGUGGUGAAAAACUCUCACAAGUCAUCAACCGAACUAAUGAGAAUGUUAAAUAUCUGCCCGGCAUAAAGCUUGGUACAAAUGUUGUGGCAGACCCUGAUCUUGAAAAUGCAGUCAGGGAUGCCAGCAUGUUAGUAUUCGUGACACCCCAUCAGUUUGUGGAGGGCAUUUGUAAAAGGCUUGUGGGAAAGAUAAGGAAGGACACCGAAGCAAUCUCCCUCAUCAAAGGGAUGGAGGUCAAGAGGGAAGGUCCCUGCAUGAUCUCUUCCCUCAUCUCUGAACAGCUGGGGAUCAGUUGUUGCGUUUUAAUGGGUGCAAACAUUGCCAAUGAGAUUGCGGUGGAGAAAUUUAGUGAGGCUACCGUUGGGUACAGAAAAGAUAAAGAGACUGCAGAUAAAUGGGUUCAGCUAUUCAACACUUCAUACUUUAUGGUCUCAGCUGUCCAAGAUGUGGAAGGAGUUGAGCUAUGCGGAACCCUGAAAAAUGUUGUGGCUAUUGCUGCAGGAUUCGUGGAUGGAUUGGAGAUGGGGAACAAUACUAAGGCUGCAAUAAUGAGGAUUGGUUUGAGAGAGAUGAAGACCUUUUCGAAGCUACUUUUCCCUUCUGUCAAAGAUAGUACUUUCUUUGAGAGUUGUGGAGUAGCAGAUUUAAUCACAACCUGCUUGGGGGGAAGAAACAGGAGAUGUGCAGAGGCUUUUGCUAGGAAUGGCGGGAAGAGGUCUUUCGAUGAACUUGAAGCAGAGAUGUUGCAGGGCCAGAAAUUACAGGGGGUGUCGACUGCAAAAGAGGUAUACGAGGUGUUGAGGCAUCGGGGAUGGUUAGAGCUUUUCCCCCUCUUCUCAACGGUCCAUGAGAUCUGCGUCGGCCGUCUUCCACCAACAGCCAUAGUGGAAUACAGUGAGCACACCCCAAAGUUUUCCCUUGUGGGAGGAUCUGCUCAAUUUUUCUGAAAUUUGCAUCAACCAAAUCAAAACCAUCUCAGUUGCUCCUAUUACUUUCGUAUACUAAAUUUUUGUUUUCUCCGAAGCUGUAUGUGACACUCAGAGCUUAGAUGCCGGGUGUUUUGCCAGCCACUUACUACAUUGCUUCAACAAAUACAAUGGUCGUUUUAAAUGUGACAGACUUACUUUCUGAUCU